AUGUCAGAUAUCCGAGACAAAAGCGCACAGUUCCUCAGCGACUCGAUCGCAGCUGCCACUGGCGGUCAGGACGCAAGCUCGACCGCAUCACAGCUCGAGCAGGCCGUCUAUGACAAGUUUGGACAGUCGACCUCCAACGACUACCGAGGCGACAUCAGGAAUAUCGGGCUGACGCUCAAGAAGGACAAUCCACAGCUCGCAUCAGAUCUGCUCCAGGGCAAAGUGGCACCAGAACAGCUGGUCAACAUGUCACAAGAGGAUAUGAAAACAGAGGAACAAGCAGCGCAAGAUCAACAACUGCGUCAACAGAACUUGGAAGCUUCGGUCGGCGUGGACGAGCUGGAUCCCGAGCUGGGGCCGAUUGUCACUUCGGAGCAGGGCAUCUCUCGUAUGCAAGAGGGCGACAUGGAGACCUACGGCGAAGCAGGGGAAGCAUCCUUGGGCGGAGGCGGAGAGGGCGAGUUCAAGGCGAGAGCGCAGCCCAAGGUGGGUGAAGCUAUGCGUGGUAUCGAGUUCGAGACUGGUGUCUAG